GGCUCCCUCCCCGGUGGUAAAGUCCAGGGGCUCGCGGAGUGGGCGGGGUCUCAGCGCGGCCACACGGCGCGGGGCUGCACGGCGCGGGGCUGGCGGUGCGCACCUGUGAGUGGUGGGCCAGGUGCGGCGCCUGCACCCGCGCCCGGGCCGAGCGCCCCGCCCGGCCGCGCCCGGCCUGCCAGCCCGGCGCAGGGACCCGGCCGACCUUCCUGCAAGGGAGCGCGCGUGUGCGGUCAGUUGAAGUGUGGUGGGGUAGGGACCCGGCCGCUGCCGCCCUCCCCUCGCUGCGCUCCCGCUCCGAGGUGGCCCACGGGGCGGGCAUUGGGGCCCAGCGGCCAAGGGUGCAAGGAGCCGUCCUCGCCCCGCGUGGAGAGCCGUGCUUGGACCCGAAACAUGUGGCGCAUCCAGGGAGGCUGGAGGUGCGCGUGGGGCCCGCGUGGAGCCGGGGCCGGACUGGGCCCGCGCCCACCCUCAGGUAGCCGAGGCGCGGCCGGCGCGGGCGCCGGGGCCGAGUUCAGCUACGUGGUGGUGGGCGCGGGCUCGGCGGGCUGCGUGCUGGCCAGCCGGCUGACCGAGGACCCGGACCACCGCGUGCUGCUGCUGGAGGCCGGGCCCAAGGACGUGCUGGCGGGCAGCAAGCGGCUGCUGUGGAAGAUCCACAUGCCCGCCGCCCUCGUGGCCAACCUGUGCGACGACCGGUACAACUGGUUCUACCACACGGAGCCGCAGCCGGGCCUGGGCGGCCGCGUGCUGUACUGGCCGCGGGGCCGGGUCUGGGGCGGCUCCUCGUCCCUCAACGCCAUGGUCUACAUUCGCGGCCACGCCGAGGACUACGAGCGCUGGCACCGCCAGGGCGCCCGGGGCUGGGACUAUGCGCACUGCCUGCCCUACUUUCGCAAGGCGCAGGCCCACGAGCUGGGCGCCGGCCGCUACCGCGGCGGCCAGGGCCCGCUGCACGUCUCCCGCGCCAGGACCCAGCACCCGCUGCACCAGGCCUUCCUGCAGGCCGCCCAGCAGGCCGGCUAUCCCUUCACCGAGGACAUGAACGGCUUCCAGCAGGAGGGCUUCGGCUGGAUGGACAUGACGGUUCACGAAGGCAAGCGUUGGAGCACGGCCUGUGCCUACCUGCACCCAGCACUGAGCCGCCCCAACCUCAGAGCUGAGGUCCACACUCUUGUGAGCAGGGUGCUGUUUGAAGGCACCCGGGCAGUGGGCGUGGAGUAUGUCAAGAACGGCCAGAGCCACAGGGUUUAUGCCAGCAAGGAAGUGAUUCUGAGUGGGGGUGCCAUCAACUCUCCACAGCUGCUAAUGCUCUCAGGAGUUGGAAAUGGAGAUGACCUCAAGAAAUUGGGCAUCCCUGUGGUGUGCCACCUGCCUGGAGUUGGCCAAAACCUGCAAGACCACCUGGAGAUCUAUGUUCAGCAGGCAUGCACCCGCCCCAUCACCCUGCACUCGUCUCAGAAGCCCCUGCAGAAGGCCUGCAUUGGCCUGGAGUGGUUGUGGAGGUUCACAGGAGAAGGAGCCACAAACCAUCUGGAAACAGGUGGGUUCAUUCGCAGCCGGCCGGGGGUCCCCCACCCAGACAUCCAGUUCCAUUUCCUGCCAUCCCAAGUGAUUGACCAUGGGCGGGUCCCUACCCAGCAGGAGGCUUACCAGGUACACGUGGGUCCCAUGCGGGCCACAAGUGUGGGCUGGCUCAAACUGAGAAGUACAAACCCCCAGGACCACCCUGUGAUCCAACCCAAUUACCUGUCCACAGAAACUGAUGUUGAAGACUUUCGUCAGUGUAUAAAGCUGAGCAGAGAAAUUUUUGCGCAGGAAGCCCUUGCUCCCUUCCGGGGAGAAGAGAUCCAGCCAGGAAGCCAUGUCCAGUCAGAUAAAGAGAUUGAUGCCUUUGUGCGGGCAAAAGUUGACAGUGCCUACCAUCCCUCAUGCACCUGUAAGAUGGGCCAGCCUUCUGAUCCCACUGCCGUGGUGGAUCCACAGACCAGGGUCCUUGGGGUGGAAAACCUCAGGGUCAUCGAUGCCUCCAUCAUGCCCAGUGUUAUCAGUGGCAACCUGAAUGCUCCCACAAUCAUGAUUGCAGAGAAAGCAGCUGACAUUAUUAAGGGACAGCCUGCACUCUUGGAUAAGGAUGUCCCUGUCUACAAGCCCAAGACCCUAGCCACCCAGCGCUAAGGCAGCCACUGCCUGACAAUGAUUAAAGAAGCCAAGAGGACUGACUGCCCAGCACAGCCAUAACUCCAAAUGCCAUUGCUUCAAACUGUCUGGAGCAUCCACUCAGGGCUAUCUGGGUAAUGUUUUAGGAAAUGGGACUAGUACUGACCAGUCAACACUUUGCUGAGCAUUUCCUCUGUGGGCCCCUCCUUUUCACCUCCUGAGGGGACAGCAAAGGGAAGGGAGGCCAGUAGAAGAGGGUUAACCCCUGCCAUUUCCUUGUCUCAUGUCCACCUGGCCUCCAAUUCAGGGUCCCUGAAUUUAAGACAGCCCCUGAACUAUUAGUCUUUGAGACUCACAAGGUUCCUCACAGAAGGGGCAUCCUCAUCUCAAGCUGCAAGCUUUAUUUAGCUCAGGCCAAGAGCCAUGCAAGAGUAAGCGUGGCUUGGGCUGCACAUUGCCUCAGGUGGAGGAAAUCUGGGCUUUCUUUUCCUCUCAUCAUCUCUCCACUCACUGUCUCAAAGUGAGGCUGGUGCAGGGGCUCUGUCAGGUGACUGAGGGAUUCUAGUUCUUAAGAGCCUCUAAGAGAAGCCUCUUGAGCCUGUUCAAGUAGGGCCUCACUAGCAAAGAUUUCAGGAGUUAAUAUUGUAAAACACCAAAUCCUAGAGCCAACCCCACAUAACAGGCCCCCUCUCCACACAGAGGCAUCAAGCCCCACAUGACCUUUCCCAGAGGCCCUGGGAAGCAGCCCAGCAGCUGGAAAUGCCCAGCAGGCAGGUCAAGUGAAUUCCUAUUCUUUAGACAUCCACAGGAACAGACUGGAUGGUACUGGGCCUGAUGGAAAGCAGGGAAGUACAACUGAAAGCAAAAGUUUAUCUAUGAAGAUUUGAGUUUUCAUGGGGGAAAAUCAUACAAAUAACAUUUACACACACUCUUUGAUAUGUAACUUUCUUAAGAGUUUGGUAAUAUAAUAAUCCAGGAACUUAUUUUUAAAUGGACACACCAAGAGAUUAAAAGUGAAAUGAAUUUUGGGUCGGGCUUUCUGAAGAUGUUCAAACCCCACCAUCUAUAGCAGAGAAGAAAAACGAAUUGACACAUGGAAACCUGAACACAGUGCUGGACUCAGAAAGAGGAGGGGAAAACCAGCAAGGACUCCAGGCCUCAAAUGUGGAAUGGGUUGAGGAAACUUGGAGGGUCCAUGGCCACAACUGAAAUUUCUGAGAAAAACCUUCCAGAAAUAGUUUAUUACACUUAUAAGUAUACUGAUAAAGUGUAAUAGAAAACUAUUACACUUCUUUAAAAACUUUAGGUCUUG